AUGGGGGUUGUGAACGGUGGUAAGAUGAAGUGCGAUGAUGAUGAAGGUGGCCUGUUUGAUGGUAGUGAAGGUUAUGUGACAACAAAGUUUACUGAUGGUGUUGUGAUGUUCGAUAUUCGGGUUUCUAAAGGAGAUAUGCAAGAGAAGAGAAAGGCAGAGGUGUUUAGCAGCGACUGUAAUGGUCUCAGUGGUCAAGGUGUGGUGGGUAACUGCGUCGAAUAUGGGAGGAAUUUUAGAGUAUUUAAUAGAGAGGGAGAGAGUUCAAGGAGAGAAGAGAUGGCGACUCAUCUAGGGCUUGCCAAAAUUGAUCUCCUGGCUCCUGCAAUUAAGAAAGGACUUCCUGUGACUCUGGUAAUAUCAAGAACGACAUUGCAAGAAAUCUUAUUGAAAGCAGUGGGAGAUCACAUUGUGUUAAACAAUUCUAAAGUUAUUGAUAUCUCCCAAGAUCCUCAUAAGGUUGUAGCAACCCUUGAUGAUGGGCGACAGUUUGAAGGUGAUAUCUUGGUUGGAGCUGAUGGAAUUUGGUCGGAGGUGCGUAAGAAAUUGUUUGGAACACAAGAAGCAAGCUAUUCAGGCUAUACUUGCUAUAGUGGAUCAGUAGACUACGUCCCCUCAUACACGAAUUCUAUUGGCUAUCGUGUGUUCCUAGGGAGGAACCAAUACUUUGUUGCUUCUGAUGUUGGCAAUGGAAAAAUGCAAUGGUACGCCUUCCAUAAGGAGCCCCAAAUAGCCAGUGGUACUUUGGAAGACCAUACAGGUAAAAAGGUCAGGCUGACUAAGCUAUUUCGGAGUUGGUGUAGCGAUGUGACUACAUUGAUAGCUAAAACAAGAGAAGAAAUGAUUUUACGAAGGGAUAUAUACGAUCGAGACAUGAUAUACUCAUGGGGCAAAGGACGUGUUACACUUUUAGGAGAUGCUGCUCACCCUUUGCAACCUAAUUUAGGGCUAGGUGGUUGCUUGGCAAUAGAGGAUUGUCACCGAUUGAUUCAUGAACUGGAAAGUAUCAAAAAAAGUGAAUACAAUGCUGUCAAGUCGAUUGAUAUUGCAUCUGCACUUAAGAGAUAUGAACAGAAAAGAAUUUUGAGGACAAUGAUUACGCAUGGAGUGACUCGUAUGGCAUCAAAAUCACUUGAUGGUUACCAAUCUUUCACAUUCUUGUCAGCAUUUCCAUUACCUGUACAAGUGUUUGAUUUUUUACAAAUGGUUUCAUCAUAUUUCUUAACUUGGUUGGUAGCUGGUGAAGCCGAUAUGUUGAAGAAACAAGAUCAGCCGAUCGAAGGUCAAAAACACAAGGUUUUGCUCCAAUAUAACAAGAAGAGAUAAGAAUAACAACACGAAAAGGCAAUAAGUGAACACCCAUAUAAGAUACAAGACCCCUUCUGAUACUUGUGUGUGAUUUGAUAACCACCCAUCAAUUUUGAAUAUUUUUAAAUUGCGACAACCAAUAUCCAUAAUGAAAAGAUCCUUGUGAUAUCAUUAUUAUAUUAGGGAAUGAAAAGUAGUAGUAUCAAGAAGCACCAUCACUGAAUAUAAAUCAAUGAAAGAUUACACCAAUCAACUAUCUUAGAUUUCUUUUGAUUGUAAUGUUAACGCGAGAAUCUUAUUAUCACCAUUCCUACACACUUUUGUUUUAAGAAACCUUCUAUAGACCUAGUG